GUGGGAGGAUGCAGCCGUGCGCCGGGGGCUGACGCGCGGAGCCGCCGGCCGCGGGGAGCGGGACCCCCGCCGCCCACCCAUGGUCCCGGCUGGCAGCCGGGGCAGCCCCCCGUGAGGAGGGGCACGGGCACAGCCGGGACCGCGGGCACCGAGCCCCCACAGCCGCCCCGCCAUGACGAGCCUGUUCCGCCGGAGCAGCAGCAACGGCGGCUCCCGCGGCGGCUCCUCCGCCCAGGAGCUCAACAACAGCCGCCCCGCCAGGCAGGUGCGGCGCCUGGAGUUCAACCAGGCCAUGGAGGACUUCAAAACCAUGUUCCCCAACAUGGACUACGACAUCAUCGAGUGCGUCUUGAGAGCCAACAACGGCGCCGUGGACGCCACCAUCGACCAGCUGCUGCAGAUGAACCUGGACGGCAGCGGCUGUGACGACAGCUCGGACUCGGAGGACAGCAUCCCCCCCGAGAUCUUGGAGCGGACCCUGGAGCCGGACAGCUCGGACGAGGAGCCCCCUCCUGUGUACUCCCCUCCUGCCUACGAGAGCCAGGCCUUGGGCAGCCGCUACGCUGUGCCAGGCCCGCCCUGCAGGACGGACGUGCCCGGCCCUGGCAGCUCGGUGCACUACAGGAACUGGAACCCACCACUGCUGGGAAACCUCCCCGAGGACUUCCUGCGCAUCCUGCCCCAGCAGACAGCUGGCACACAGGGCUCCCCCGGCUGCCGGCAGCCCGUGCCACGGGGGCUGGUGCCACGGGGCCAGGGCUCCCUGGAGCAGGAGCGGCGAUGGAAGCAGUACCUGGAGGACGAGCGGAUCGCGCUCUUCCUGCAGAACGAAGAGUUCAUGAAGGAGCUCCAGAGGAACCGGGAUUUCCUUCUCGCUCUGGAGAGAGAUCGAUUGAAAUAUGAGUCAAAAAAAUCCAAGUCGACUGGUGUUGCUGUCAGCAACGACUUUGGUUUCUCCUCCAUAUUAUCAGGUGAGGGAGCUCCCUCUGGACCCAGCGAGGCCGGCGGGGCCGUGUCCGACGAUGCCUUAUUCCGAGACAAGCUCAAACACAUGGGGAAAUCCACGCGCAAGAAGCUGUUCGAACUCGCCAGAGCCUUCUCCGAGAAGACGAAGAUGAGGAAAUCAAAAAGAAAACACUUGUUGAAGCACCAGGUGAUGGGGACAGCAGCUUCCACGGCAAAUCUUCUCGAUGACGUGGAGGGACACGCAUAUGAUGAAGAUUUCCAAGCACGGCGGCAGCAGCUCCGGGAGGAGGAGGAGACGCCGAAGGAAGGGCAGUAACCGGUCCCAGCUCUGGGGUAUUUUUGCUGGCACAGGACGUGCACGAGGCUUCAUCAGGAGAUGGCUGAAAAAGGAAAAACCCACCCAACAAAUCACACAGAUUUUGGCUGUUCCCCCUCUGCUGCUGUACUCCUCUGAAGUACAAGUAUCGAAGUGAGGCACAACGUUUUCUUACCAGUGGUUUGAAAACAACUUUUCCUAUGGAGAAAAUCAGCCAAAAAGGAAAAAAACAAAAAAGGCAAAAAAAAGGGGGCAGCUGCUGCGAGCGGCUGCGGAGGAGCCAGCGAGCUCAGGCUGGGGAGGGGCAGCCCCGCCUGCUCCCUCGGCCGGCGGCACAGGAGGAAUGAAAUCAGUCGUACUAACGAGGAUCCAAUCCCACGUGGGGUCUGCUUGGCCGGAGCACUCCUGAACAUAUCUGUAGUGGUCUGAUGUAACUUCACUCUGCGCACACCGGGACAAAAACCACGUGAGAAAGGGAAGCUAACAGCCGUUGUCUAUUAUUGCUAGGAGUAAUGAGCAGAGAUUCAGAUCAGGUAAUAGUCAAAUAAUAUAAAUUGUUUAUAAAAGGAAAGGCCUUCUUUUCCUAGGCGUUUCACUUUGAAUUAAACCUUUGCCUUCGGCAUUGCUACAACUGCCUUGAAGUUGGGAAGCUUUGUGCCACGGGGCAGCACCAAGGGCUGGAUUUCACACCGGUUUCACCCUCACUGAUGGAGCAGGACACAUCCCGCCGGGUGUGGGGUGCUGGGGGUGCUCCCGGAGUCUGGGAGAUCCAGGGAUGCCCCCGCUGUCGGUGAGAGGCAAAGCCCAAGCCAGGGGCUGGCAGGGCUGCUGGAGGUGUUUUCAGCACGGAGUUUGCACCAGGGUUGGGGGCACUGCUGGGUUUGGUGCGGGGCAGGAGCAGAGCCCCUUCCUCGUGCCCGCAGCGCCGGAAUCCUGCAGCUCUCGGAGAUGCUGUCAGGCUAAAAAUAAUUACAUAAACAAAUUCUUUCGCUGUGUAAGUAAUGAGUGACGAGCGUAAAGUCAGAAUUCGCUCCCGCCAGCACAUUUUCUUCUCCUUUAUCGGCACAGCGUUCCCUGCCAAAUGCAGGAGGUGGCUCUAGACGUGCCUGUUUCACUCUCUGGCUCCUGCCAACCAGCACAAAUGUUGCAGGAUUGGAGCUGUGAAGGCGGCAGACGCAGAAGCCCCAGCCAUCAAACACUCACGCAACUGUUUUCCCUGCCUCUCCGCAGGGUUUGGUAACAAAAGUCCCCCUUGCAGGCGCUGGCUCCCGGCAGGCUCCUCUUCAAAAUCCCAACGGAGCCCGCGUGCCUUUGAAGUGGACGCCAAGAUUUCCAGAUUUCCUCCCCCGGCGGCGCUGCAGCUGCUGCACCUGUUGAGCGCUGCUGUGGUCCCCUCCAGCCCUGCUGGGGAUGGGGGCAUCCCGUCAGCUUCACUUUCUCCUGCUUCCUGGCCAGGGGCAGGGCUGCUUCCAGGUGUCUGGGGCUGUUUCCAGGUGGUCUGUGUGGUGUCUCUGUAGCACAAAAGUCCUGCAGCACCAGUGCUCAGACAAGUUCUGGGGUGCCGAGGGUCAGGGCAGGUGCCGUGGGCUGGGAGCACCCUGGGAUGCCAGCAAGCUUUGGGCUCCUAAAAUAAAUCAAAGCAGCACAAUUCCCAGCCCAGCCAGCCCAUACCAGUUUUGGUGUCCUCUCCUUUGCUUUUGAAGGAUUGAAGAGCAAUCCUGAGUCGUGGCAGCACGGUGACAGGUGAAAGCCACCCCAGGACACGCUGGCUGUCCCACACCGUGGGCAGCACCCCUGCUCCUGUGGUGUGCACGGCUGUCAGGGGUGCUGCGAGGGCACAGGAUGCCCCAGGCUGCCCUGCCCAGGGCAGGAUGUGGCUCUGGAGGAGCACCUGGCUCAGGGUGCAAGGGGGAAUCGGGCAACGGAAAAUCCUUCAGUCCUUGGGUGGGAUUUCCAUUCUGAGAGAGCUGAGGAGAAGGAGGGGCUCCUUCCCUGCCCUCGCUGGCCCUGGGGGCCCUGGGAGGCUGCCGUUACUGCUUCCCAGUCCAAAGCAGCUCUGCAUAUUUGGAAGAAAAUCAAACUUGGAAGCGGAUCAGCCUGUCACCAUUCCAGCGCCUCUCCGCCACGGCGGGCUGCGGUGCCAGCGAAGUUUCCAUGGGCGCAGGAAGCACCGGCGGCCGGCAGGGAAUUCUGCUCUCCCGGACCGGGAGGUGCCGGCCCCGGGGCUGGGCUGGGCUGGCCGUGCAGGGCUGGCUCCUGCCGUGGCUGCGGGGAUGGCUUGAGCUUCCCUGGGGAGGCUGGCACAGGGCCACAGGGCAAAGAGGGGGACACUGUCCCUGCUCCCAGGCUGCUCCUUAAGGGACACCUGGGUCACCUCCGUAAGCCAGCCGAGGUGUGCUGGCUCUGCUUUCUGCCUGAGCUCGUCCCCUCUGCUCCCACGGAGAGAGGGACAGCAAGGAAGGGCAGCCGGGGCUGGCAGCUGGGGAGGGGACAGGACAGGUGGGUGGCAGUGCCCAGCCCUGCUGGCUCUGACCCCGCUGGGGUCCUGCACCAAAAGCUCCAUGGUCAUCACAGGGCACAGCUUGGCCACCACCACCCCCCAACAAGUUGCCCUUAAACAUCCCAGGCCAGGCACAGCCUCUGGGUGAUGUCACUCUGUGUCAAAAUAUCCUGGAGGCACAAAGCAUCGUUUUAAUGGAGAUGGAGAGGGGGUUUUGUGUCCUGUAAAAAAAUAAAAAUCAGGUCUAUGGAGUGGAAAGGCCACAAACCUGGCUUGGGAGCCAAAAUGCAUUUCUUACAUAAAAAUGUACAAUUCUCAGUGAUGUUUCUCUACAGAAAGAUUUCGAAAGAACAAAACAAACUGAUCUGUGAUGUUUGUGAGUGUGGCUAUUUUAGAAUUUAUUUCCAUAAGUGAUUUUUUUCUUAAAGAUGUUUAAUAGUAAUUCCUAUAAUAAAGUCCUGUUGUACUCUU